AUGGCGGAAGUAGUAACGGCUGUGAUUCGUCGCGGCGGCGCCGGCGGGAGCAACCGCGUCACGGACGGUGAUCUUGAGAGUUUCCUGUUCGGCGACGAUGGCGACGCGUCAGAGGUCGGCAAUCGUAGCCGUCGAUCCAGCCUCAGCUUCGAGCCGCUCUCGGCUCACGAAGAAAACGACGGCGCUCCCGGCGGAGCCCGCGCCUACAAUCUCGGCGGAGGUCACGCCGGGGGACACGGCGGGGGACAGGGAGGUGGACAGGAAGGGGGACACGGCGACAGGAGGCGGAUGAGCGUGGAGGAAAAAAAUGCGUUGUGGCGGGAAACCGUUCGCGCGCGUGUGUCGUUCAAGCGCGGAGGGGGAGGGUCGCGGGGGGAGCCGGAGGUGCAGGAGCCGCUGGUGCCGCGGAGCGGGGAGCUGGUUCCGCGGAGUGGGGAGCUGGUUCCGCGGAGUCGAGAGCUGAUGGCUCGGCCGCGGCCGCAAACGCCGCCGUUAGGCACGGAGAGGGGGACAGAGCGGAGCGGCGUGUCAGGGUACGAGACGACUCAUAGGAGCAGCAUUUCUGUCGCGGAUAGGGGUACGGAAAGGGGAACGGAUAGGGGGACGGAUAGGGGAACGGAUAGGGGAACGGAUAGGGGGACGGAGCGGGGAACGGAACGAAGCGCAACGGCUAACGGCACAGAGCGGAUUGGAAAAGGGGGUUCGAAUAAGGACAAAGAGCGAGACGCGGCGGUGGUGGCAGCUGCGGCGAAGGUUCUGUCGGUGUCUGCUGCUGCGGCGAUCUGGGGGGGGAGUCAGAAGGAGGGCAGCACUGUGGGCACGGGAAGCAAAGUGGGACCCGACACGGAUAAUAUGUCUACAAGGUCUGGCCAUGCCUCGGCCGCAACCGUCCUCAAAGGCACACCCCCUCCCACGGACUACGAUCCGUCACAGGAGGUGCCGAUGGGCAAGCACACACACAUCCUCCUUCCAGACGGCACCUUCAAGGUCCCCACCGCGGAUGACCAUGACGCCACCACCGCCACGGGUCAGCACACCACCACAGGAAGGAGCAGUGGUGGCGGGGGAGGGAGCAACCGGCCGGUGAGGCAGCCUGCUGUUCAUUGGGAGGACUGGGCGAGCGAUGAGGAGGAGGACGAGGAGCAGAUCGAUGCUGUGAUGCUGGAAGACAUCUACUUCAAGGUCAAAGCGGCAGACAAGCGGCUGGACGAUUACAAGAACCUGGUGCCGUUCCUCUGCGUCAUCGUGCUCUCUAUAUCGCAGUGCUCUCCACACGCACACGCCCAACCUAUCCCUCUCCCUUCCCUGCUCGUAUUCCAGGCAUCCCUUUCAAGCCGACCCCCCUUCCCUCCCCUCCUCUCCUCCCCUCCUCCGCCAUCCACUCUUGUAACCGCAGACAUCUACUUCAAAGUCAAAGCAGCGGAUAAGCGAUUAGACGACUACAAGAAUCUGGUGUCGUUCCUCUGUUUCAUCGUGCUGUAUAUGGUGGUGCUGUACAUGCAAGCAGACUCCACGGACGGGUUUGAGGUGUCCACCGCACACAACAUACUGCUGCCUUCGGGGGCAUCGGGCAGUGAGCUCAACGCCAUGAGUGGACCGGACGAGAUGUACCAGUGGGUUAACGACAGCAUCAUACAGGUGCGUGGUGAUACUCGUGAGAGUAAUACAGUUGAGAAAUAG